UUUCUUGAUUUUGUAAAAACUUAGAGCAAUGGCCAAAAAUAUAAACACCAUUAUUAUGCUCUAUUUAGUUGUAUCUCUUUUUGUACAUAGCAAGGCUGAGAUAGAUGUAACUACCGUUGAGGCUCCAUCUCCAUCUCCAGUUCCAGCUCCAUCUCCUUCUCCUUCUCCUUCUCCUGCUCCAUCUCCAUCUCCGACACCAGCUCCUGCUCCAACACCAACAACUUCUAAUCAAACAUCAGAUACACCAGCAACUCCAGUUCCAACACCACCUACUCCAACAACACCAGCAACUCCAGAUCCAUCGCACGGUACAACAGAAGGCAGUCUUAAACCAGAAGAAUGUAGUCCUCGUUGUGAUUACAGAUGCUCAAAAACACAUCAUAAGAAGCCAUGUUUGUUCUUCUGUAAAAAGUGUUGUGCAGAAUGCUUGUGUGUGCCUCCAGGAACUUAUGGAAACAAGGAAGUUUGUCCUUGUUAUGACAAUUGGAAGACCAAAAGAGGAACACCCAAAUGUCCUUGAAAGUUUUAACUUUCAUGUACUAUAUAGGACAACAUUCAUUGUGUUAUUUAGUUAUGUUUUGUCUCUUGAUUUUUGUUAUUCCUCGAGGAAUAAAAGAAAAUUUUAUGAUGCAAACUCUUUCAAAGAA